AACAGAUCACGAUCGAGUUCAUUUUGGGACGAAACCACCAGUCGUAGCAUCUCGGUCGUUAGUGUCGCUUCUUCUAUUUUCUGUUUACCAUCUAGUAUUUGCUGUUCGGUCACUCUUCAGCUUUCCUCGAGCUCAGGCUUUACUUUCUGUUUAACUCGUCGUGAAGAUCUUGCCACUAAAUCAUGGCUGACAAAGUAGCAAAGGACCAGCAGUACCAGUACGCGCUCAAUUCGAACUUGGUUCUCCAUGCAAAUCGGUCAGAUAACCCACGUCGGGGUAACGAACCCACCGGAGAGGCCGAGUCCCUAUAUGGCCGCAUCGACCCCAAGGAGUUCGGUAGCAGGGCCAUAAGGGACUUGUCCAAGAUCGAAGAGGUGAAGAAGAAAAAGAGCGAGCCCAGUGAGAAGAAUCUGGAAAGACGUAAAAAGAGAGCCGAGGAAAAGUCGUUGCGGAGCGCAUAUGGAUACUCUUCAGUCUUGGCCGCGACAGAGGAUCUCGAGAGUGGAGGAUACAGACCCAGGACCAGGGAGACGAGACACACAUACGAAUUGAUCUUGACGUUCGUUCAGCGUUACCUCGGCGAUGUAUCACACGAUGUUGUUAGGAGCGCUGGUGACACCGUCCUUCAGAUCCUGCACACGGAUACGUUAAAGGAUUUCGACAAGAAGAAGGAGAUUGAGGACAUCAUUGGCCCUGUCAGCUCGGAUCAGUUUUCUGUUCUUGUCAAUCUCGGCAAGAAGAUCACGGACUACAAUGCAGGCACGGAGGAAGUAACUGUCGAUCAGGACGGUGAGCUCAAAAAGGUCGGCGAGAUUGACGAACAAUACGGAGUAGCUGUUGUAUUCGACGAGGAGGAGGAGGAGGAGGACGUCUAUUCCUUGCAUUCCGAAUCUGAACAUGAGGACGAGGAGGGUCUGGAUACCGCCCAGGAUGUCGUUGUUGGUGCUGGACAGGUUGAGCAGGAGGAAGAAUCCGCGAUGGAUGUGGACGAGAAUGAGGCCGUACGCGUUGGGGCCUCAGAAGCCAAGGUCGACACGACAAAGAAACUUCAACCCCAUCAAGUCGACGCCUACUGGCUGCAACGUUUCAUCUCAACAUUUUACAAGGAUGAAAUUGUGGCGCAGGAGAAGACGGACGCUGCGAUGGAUAUUCUCGCCUCAGAGACUGUUAAUAUGCGUGAUUGCGAAAACGAGCUCAUGGCGCUGUUUGAUUAUGACAAGUUUGAGUUGGUCAGCAUGCUGACGAGGAACCGCGACGUGAUCGUCUGGUGCACGAGACUUGGCAAGGCGAAUGAGCAAGAACGCACAGAGAUCGAGGCCAAGAUGAGAGAACUUGGUCUGGAUUGGAUUAUCAAGGGAUUGGGCAAUCAAGCAGGCGCCAAGUCAGACCUCCGUCGGCGAGGCACUGGACAGGCACCAACAGCCGCAGGCCCAAUGGCCGUUCUCCCCAAGGAAAAGGGACCUGCUCCAGCCACCGCGGCCCCUCGCCAACUCAUUGACUUGGAGGCGAUGUCAUUUGCUCAAGGAUCCCAUUUGAUGUCGAACAAGCGUGUUCAUGUUCCUGAGGGAUCAUUCCGUCGUCAAAAGAAGGGGUACGAGGAGGUACAUGUUCCGCAGCCAAAGAAACCUUCUGGAGAUCGUCCAAAAAAGCCCAAGAGCGAACUCCCGGAGUGGAUUCAAAGCGCCUUUCCGCACGGAUUGAACCAGAUUCAGACAGCAGUGUAUGAUGUGGCGUAUGGUUCAGACGAGAACAUGCUUCUGUGCGCCCCAACUGGUGCUGGUAAAACCAAUUGUGCGAUGCUUACAGUGUUAAACGAGAUUAAUAAGCACCGCGAUCCCAAAACCGGUGCCAUUGAUAAGGAUUCGUUCAAGGUCGUUUAUAUUGCUCCCAUGAAGGCAUUGGUUCAGGAGAUGGUCGGAAACUUUGGCGAGCGCCUGAAGCCAUUCGGCCUCUCUGUUCAGGAACUGACUGGAGAUCGACAAAUGAAUAAGCAGCAGAUCGCGGAGACACAGAUGAUCAUCACGACGCCUGAGAAGUGGGACAUUAUCACACGAAAGGCAACCGACAGAAGCUACACCAACCUCGUCCGCCUCAUCAUCAUUGACGAGAUUCAUUUGCUGCACGAUGACCGUGGACCAGUACUGGAGUCGAUCGUCGCUCGUUCUUUGCGGUACAUGGAGCAGUCGCAGGAAUUGAUCCGCCUUGUUGGUCUUUCUGCUACGCUUCCGAACUAUGUUGAUGUCGCCACUUUCCUUCGCGUCGACACAAAUCGCGGAAUGUUCCACUUCGACGGAUCAUGGAGACCCUGCCCGCUCAAGCAGGAGUUUAUCGGAAUUACAGAAAAGAAGGCCAUCAAACGUUUCCAAGUCAUGAACGAGGUCACAUACGAAAAGGUCAUGGAGCAUGUGGUACAACCCGAGGGUGACCAAGUCCUGAUCUUUGUCCAUUCCCGCAAGGAGACCGCCAAGACUGCUCAAACACUUCGUGACAUGGCACUGGAGAACGAUACAAUCACACAUUUUGCCAGACCCGACGGUGGAGCCAGAGAGAUUUUGUUGGCAGAAGCAGAGCAAGCUAGUGAUGCCGCACUCAAGGACUUGCUGCCCUAUGGUUUUGCAACCCAUCAUGCCGGUAUGACUCGUGCGGAUCGCGAGGCUGUCGAGGAACUGUUCACGGCUGGCCACAUCAAGGUUCUUUGCUCAACUGCUACUCUUGCUUGGGGUGUCAACUUGCCAGCCCACACUGUCAUUAUCAAGGGCACUCAAGUCUAUUCCCCGGAGAAGGGUCGCUGGGCUGAGCUGUCACCCCAGGAUGUUCUUCAGAUGCUGGGAAGAGCUGGUCGUCCCCAGUUCGACGAGUUCGGUGAGGGUAUUAUUAUCACAACCCAUUCCGAACUUCAGUACUACCUUUCGUUGCUGAAUCAGCAGCUCCCCAUCGAGUCACAGUUCGUGUCCAAGCUUGCAGAUAAUCUCAAUGCCGAAAUCGUCCUUGGAACGAUUAAGAACCGCGACGAAGCUGUUCAAUGGUUAGGAUACACAUACCUGUACGUCCGCAUGCUUCGUAACCCAUCUCUGUAUGGGAUCUCACCCGACGAUCUCGAGGACGAUCCCUAUCUGCAAAAGAAGCGCGUCGACAUCAUCCACUCUGCAGCGACUAUUAUCGACAAGUGCAACAUGAUCAAGUACGAUAAGCGCACAGGAAAGUUCCAGGGUACAGAGCUCGGACGCAUUGCCUCGCACUACUACAUCUCUCACAACUCGAUGGCGACCUACAACCAGCAUCUCAAGCCCAUGAUGUCGCACAUUGAGCUGUUCAGAGUGUUCUCUCUCAGCGACGAAUUCAAGUACAUCCCAGUCCGUGAAGAAGAGAAGGCUGAAUUGCAAAAGUGGUUGGAACAGGUUCCCGUACCCAUCAAGGAGAGUAUCGAGGAGCCGACUGCCAAGAUCAACGUCCUGCUGCAGUCUUACAUCUCUCAGCUCAAGUUGGAGGGGUUCGCGCUCGUCAGCGACAUGGUAUAUGUGACCCAGAGCAGUGGACGUAUUCUGCGUGCCAUUUUUGAGAUCUGUCUUCGCCGCGGAUGGGCUCAGCUUACUCGUAAGGCGUUGGAUCUUUGUAAGAUGGUCGAGAAGCGACAGUGGCUCUCUAUGACGCCUCUUCGCCAAUUCAAGGCCAUCAACCCGGAACUGAUCAAGAAGAUUGAGCGCAAGGACUUCGAAUGGGUUCGCUAUUUUGACCUGUCCUCUCAGGAGAUCGGUGAGCUCGUUGGCGUUCCCAAGGCCGGCAAGUUGCUUGAGAGAUACAUUCACGAGUUCCCUAAGCUAGACCUUCAAUCUCAUGUCCAGCCACUUACACGUUCUAUUCUGAAGGUCGAGCUCACUAUCACGCCGGACUUCAAGUGGGACGAGAAGGUUCAUGGAACAGCAGAGGCGUUCUGGAUCUUGGUCGAGGACGUGGACGGCGAGAUGAUUUUGCACCAAGAGUCCUUUAUUCUGAAGCAACAGUAUGCCGAAGAGGAACACCUUAUGACCUUUACGGUGCCGCUGUUCGAUCCUCUCCCCCCUAAUUACUUUGUCAGCAUCAUCUCUGACCGGUGGCUACAUUCCGAGACCCGCUUCCCCAUCUCGUUCAAGCAUUUGAUCUUGCCCGAGAAGUACCCGCCUCAUACGGAGCUGCUGGAUCUUCAGCCUUUGCCUGUCACCGCAUUGCGCAACCGCGAGUUUGAGGAGAUAUUUUCUAAGUCUGUGACCAAGUUCAACCCCAUCCAGACGCAGGUUUUCAACACGUUGUAUACUCUGGAUGACAACGUCUUUGUGGGCGCCCCUACUGGAUCAGGAAAGACUAUUUGCGCCGAGUUUGCUAUGAUGCGCCAGUGGAACAAGAAGCCGGUCAAGGGAGCACCCAAGGGUCGUAUCGUCUACAUUGCCCCUCACCAGGAUGUUGUCGAUGCUCGUCGCAAGGAGUGGCAUGCCAAGUUCGGAAACGUUCAGGGCGGCAAGACGAUUGUGGCGCUCACUGGGGAGACCAGUGCAGAUCUUAAGUUAUUGGAGCGUGGCGAUGUGAUUUUGGCGACCCCUGGUCAGUGGGAUGUCCUCUCUCGCCGCUGGAAGCAGCGCAAGAACGUCCAGACCGUGCAACUUUUUAUUGCAGAUGAGUUGCACUUGAUUGGUGGCGAUAUCGGUCCGACCUACGAGGUGAUUGUUUCGAGGAUGCGUUACAUUGCAUCCCAAGUCGAGAGCAAGAUUCGUAUCGUUGCCCUGAGCACGUCCCUGGCCAAUGCUCGUGAUUUAGGCGAGUGGAUUGGCGCGACUAGCCACUCUGUGUUCAACUUCCAUCCUAUGGUCCGUCCAUUGCCUUUGGAUGUUCACAUUCAGAGCUACACCAUCCCCCACUUUGCAUCCUGGAUGAUCGCGAUGGCCAAACCAACCUACACCGCUAUUACGACCCAUUCGCUCGAGAAGCCCGUCAUUGUCUUUGUGCCUUCUCGGAAACAAUGCCGCCUAACUGUCACAGACCUGUUGACAUUCUGUGCUGCAGAUGACACACCGGACAGGUUCCUUCACUGUGAUCAAGAUGUAUUGAACACUCACUUGGAGCAUGUCCAGGACAGUGCCUUGCAGGAGUCUCUCACGCAUGGAAUCGGUUUCUACCACGAGGCUUUGAGCAAGGGCGACAUGCAAGUGGUCGAGACGCUGUUUGAGUCUGGUGCGAUUCAGGUGGUUGUUGCUUCACGAGACACCUGCUGGGGCAUUCCCUUGAGUUCGUACAUGGUUGUUGUGAUGGGCACACAGUACUAUGAUGGAAAGGACCAUCGCUAUGCAGACUACCCUACACCGGAUAUUUUACAGAUGAUGGGACGCGCCUGCCGCCCCAAUGAGGACGAGUCCAGCCGAUGUGUGCUCAUGUGCCAGUCCAACAGGAAGGAGUUUUACAAGAAGUUCUUGUUCGAGGCGCUCCCGGUGGAGUCGCAUCUGGAUCACUUUUUGCACGACCACUUCAACGCCGAAAUUGUGACAAAGACAAUUGAGAACAAGCAAGAUGCGGUUGAUUAUCUUACAUGGACGUUCUUGUACAGACGCAUGGCACAGAACCCGAACUAUUACAACUUGCAGGGUGUGACCCAUCGUCACCUUUCGGAUCACCUGUCCGAGUUGGUGGAGACGACGAUCAACGACCUGGUGACAUCAAAGUGUAUUGCAAUCGAGGACGAGAUGGAUGUGUCACCACUGAAUCUGGGUAUGAUUGCAGCAUACUACAACAUCAACUUCUCGACUGUCGAAUUGUUCAGCUCCAGCUUGACGCCAACGACAAAGCUGAAGGGUCUCUUGGAGAUCAUCUCGACGGCAGCAGAGUAUGAAUCGAUCCCGAUCCGCCAUCACGAGGACCAGGUUCUGAAGCGCAUCUACGACCGUUUGCCCGUCAAGUUAGGCAAUGUGAAGUUUACGAACCCUCACCACAAGGUCAACAUUUUGUUGCAGGCUCACUUUUCGCGUACACAGCUUCCUGCAGAUUUGGCAUCGGACCAGACGCUUGUUGUUAGACAAGUGAUUCCGCUAUUGCAGGCAUGUGUGGAUGUGAUUUCCUCGAAUGGAUGGCUGCCACCCGCGCUGGCUGCGAUGGAGUUGGCGCAGAUGAGCGUGCAGGCGAUGUGGGAUCGAGACUCGCCAUUGAAGCAGGUUCCGUACAUGACGAGCGAGAGGAUCAAGCGGUGUGAGGCCAAGGGAGUUGAGUCUGUGUUUGAUCUCCAGGAUAUGGAGGACGAAGACCGGGAUGCAGCACUGCAGGUGGACGAAAGACAGAUGCGUGCAAUUGCGGAGUUUGUGAACCGGUACCCGAGCGUUGAGGUUGGAUACGAGAUUGAGGACGAGGACGAGAUCAAGACAGGCCAGCCUGUGGUGAUCGAAGUGCAGCUGGAGCGUGAGGGAGAUGAGGAGGAGCUGACGAGUGUGCCGGCACCGUUCUUCCCGACGAAGAAGGACGAGGGCUGGUGGAUUGUUGUGGGCGACCCGGCAACGAAGACAUUGCUGGCGAUCAAGAGGAUUACGCUGCAGCGGCGGUUGAAGGUGAAGCUGGAGUUCGUGUGCCCACGUGCGGGUGAGCAGACGUUCAAGCUGUACACGAUGUGCGACAGCUUCCUGGGAUGUGACCAGGAGAUCGACAUGAAGCUGACGGUUGCAGAGGGCGAGGAGGAGGAGAGCGAUGAAGAAGAGGAGGACGAAGAUGUGGAGAUGCAGGAGUAGAACGAUGGCUAGUUUUAUUUCACUUCUUGUCAAGUAUUAUCUUUAGUAAAGCAGUAAAUGGAAUGCUUACUCAUGCGAUAGAUACGACUUUGUUGCCAGGAUCCUCCAUUUGAAUGAGUGCACGGUGUUCUGUCCUUCUCUAUUUCCAUACUCCUCUUUCUGCAUCCCGCAUCCCUCACUCUUCA